CAGGCACUAAACUAGGCUGCAUAAGGAUCAACUAGCUAGCCACCUCUGGAGUCUCGAUCCCAAGGCCCCUCUCUUUCUUUGACCCUCUUUCUCUCUCGCGAUAUUCAACCGCUUUAAUGUCAACGGCUGUCACUCACUAGCAUACCGCUGAAAUAUGGCUCCCGCUACUGGCACUACCUCCCGUCCGUGGGCCGAUGGCCCUUGGCCGUUGAUCGAAACACCGUCCAAAACACAGGAUAUUUCCAAACAUGAGGCUCUCUACAUCGCCAAUGAGAUGGCCUUCGCCCAUAACGCUAUGCUUCGGGGUCUAAACGCCCUCUAUCUGCAAGCUGAGCAGAUAACUGAAUCACAAGACAUUGCCGAUUACCUAGUCUUCCUCCGCAGCUGGGCCGGCUGGGUAUCCCACCACCACACCUUGGAAGAAGAACAGAUGUUCCCUCAAUUCGAAGAAGUGAUGAAGAAGCCCAAUUUCCUCGAAGGAAACGUUAAUGAGCACCACGCCUUCCAACCCAUCCUGAAGCAGCUCCUCGCGUACGGGACAGACACCAAGCCCACUGAAUACAAAGCCUCGACCGUGCGCAGCUUAAUCGAGCAGAUGGCACCUAGUUUUCGCGAGCAUCUGGCCAAUGAAAUCACCAGCCUCAUGAGCAUGGAACCUUAUGACGGGCCUGCUUUGCUCAAGGUUUACAAAGAAUGUGAAGCUGAAGCGGGCAAACAGGAUAAGAAUGUCAUCCCGCCCAUGGUUCUCGGCCUCCGUGACAUAACCUUCGAGGGUGGAAACCAGUGGCCCGCUAUGCCACCCUUCUCCACUCAUUUUGUGCAUUAUCUGUUCGCGCGGAAGCAUGCUGGUGCUUGGCGUUUCUUGCCUUCUGAUACUUGGGGUAAUCCGCGCCCGUUGGCAUUUGGGAAGCCCUAAAUACUGGAGAGAUACUGCGGGGAACGAACGGAGUUCAGUGGAUGAGUUCGAUAAUGAUCAGCGGGAUCGGCAAUCUCUUCCUUUCAAUACAAGUCUCGGCUUUAUGUAUGACCACGUCCAUGGUGCAGUCACUCAUUCGCAGCGCUACACUUGGCUGCUGUAUGAAGUGUUAGGCCUUUAGCGUGUAGGCGAUAUCAUGUUGAAGUGAUAGCAGACCGCACUGCCAUUGAUACGUGAAUUGAGCAAUUGAUUGCUUUGAUUAGCCACCGAACACAACGGAGUGUGUUUAUUAGACAUCAAACUUCCGGGAGCUAAACUAGUUCAACUAUCAGUUAGACCGAUUAGAGAUAGUAUAAAG